AUGAGUCAUCCUACCGAAAGUUCCUCUUUGCUAGAAAGAAGAAGGCAGUCUAAACCACACUAUUACACUUCCGACAUGUCCGUACCUUUGCCUUCCCCUUCUCUCAAUAUCACAAAAGAGGACACUGACGGAAGAGGAGAACAUACAAGAUAUCAUAAAUUUAGAUUGUUCAAUAAAAGAUCAGGACUCUAUGACGAAGAUAGACAGAGUCUAGUAAAAGAAAGUACAGGUGUAAGAGUAUGGAAUGAGUCUUAUUCUAGCAUAGAUUGGAUACAUGACAGAAUCAAAGAAGGUAUACGAAAAAGGAAGCUGCGUCACAUUCAUGGAGCAAAAGGACGCUUGAUGAAGACAGGUGAUGCAGCACAGGCAUGGAUAUUAGUCACCAUCAUUGGAACAGUAGUAGCUGUUAUUGCUUGGUGUAUAGAUGUCGUUCAAGAAUGGAUGUCAGAUCUCAAACAAGGUUAUUGUUCAAGCAACUGGUUACUAAAUCGUAAUUUCUGUUGCUGGGAAACAAAAGAAGAUGAAUGUCAUGCAUGGAGAUCAUGGCCAUCUGUAUUACAAAUAGAAGGUGAAACUGAAAGCUAUUUGACGUCAAUGUUUGUCUAUACUGCAUUUGGUUUGCUCUUUUCAUUUAUAGCAGCCUCUAUGGUCAAAUAUACCGGUGAGAAAGUUAGAGUUCGUAAGGAACCAGGUCAUGUUACUUUCUCAAAGUCGUCAUCGAUGAUAUCCGUUCUAUCUGACAAUAAACAGCAAAAUAGGGUAGAGUCACCACAGUAUGAGACAAAGACUGCCUACUACUCUGCUGGCUCAGGCAUCCCAGAGGUCAAGGUCAUACUUGGGGGCUUUGUGAUCAAAGGAUUCUUGGGUAUAAAAACUCUCAUUGUGAAAAGUGUAGGCAUGAUCUUUUCUACAUCAGCGGGACUUACGGUUGGAAAAGAAGGUCCUUUUGUGCAUUUGGCCUGCUCAGCCGGAAAUAUCGCUUGCAGAUUGUUUCCAAAGUUUAACAAGAAUGAAAGUAAAAGAAGAGAAAUCUUAUCGGCUGCCGCUGCAUCUGGCGUUGCUGUUGCCUUUGGUGCUCCUAUUGGAGGAGUCUUGUUUAGUUUAGAAGAAGUGAGUUAUUAUUUUCCUAUGAAAACAAUGAUUAGGAGCUACUGCUGUGCAAUGGUGGCAGCCAUCGUGUUGAAGAUCAUGGAUCCCUUUGGAACAGGGAAAAUAGUUUUAUUUCAAGUAUCAUACGACAAGGAUUAUCAUCUAUUUGAGCUAGUUCCUCUGGUCAUAUGCGCUUCACUUGCUGGGCUCUUUGGCACAUUAGUCACACAUUUCAACAUUCGAUACCAGCAUUUGAGAAAGGCUACCUUUAUCGGAAGGCAUCCUAUUACCGAGGUGCUCUGUAUCAUGGUCUUGACUUCACUCGUGUGCUACUGGAAUCCAUUUGCAAGAAUGAGUCUAACCGAGUUUGCUGCACAUCUAUUUUCUGAAUGUUCGCCCACCAACGAUAACGGUGGGCUUUGCGCACGAACCAUUGCAGAGAUACCCCAACUACUUUAUUUACUAGUGACAACACUUGUCAUCAAGAUGUGUUUAACAACGAUUACGUUUGGCUGCUUGGUUCCUGGUGGCAUCUUUUUACCAAGUCUGAUUAUCGGCGCAAUCACUGGUAGAAUGAUGGGUCUAAUUAUGCAGUACGUCACAACAACACAUCAGACGGCAUGGCCAUUUACAGCCUGUGCAUAUGAUUUUGAAACACGUGGCGAAUGUGUGAUACCUGGUGUCUAUGCUAUUGUAGGGGCUGCAGCGGGCUUGGCAGGCGUUACAAGAACGACAAUAUCACUGGUAGUCAUUAUGUUUGAGCUAACCUAUUCCUUAACGUACGCUUUACCCAUCAUGAUUGCUGUUAUGGUUGCCAAAUGGGUUGCAGACGCCACAUUUGUAGAAGGAAUAUAUGAUUUAUUAAUCGACUUGAAGCAGUAUCCAUACCUUGAAGCGAAGAAGGACUAUGUUCACACAAUGACUAUUAUGGACAUCAUGGAGUGUUUGCCUUCUAUUGAUGCUGAUAAGCCGAUGACAAUAGAGCAACUGAAACAGAAAUUACGUGUUAUUGCUGCUCUUGGAUAUAGUGAAGAUGGUGGAUUCCCAGUGUUAAGCGAAGGCGAUGUGUUGGAGGGAUAUAUUGCUACCAGUGAGCUUUCACAUGGCUUAGAUUUACUAGAGACUGCAUUGAAACGAAGGAUGACGGAAGAAGAGAUUGGGCAGGUGUCUUGUUAUAUUAGAAAGCAGCCAUCCGAAAAUUAUAUGAUUGCAACACUAAAUCAAGGCCUUAAGACGCCCAUUAGAAACUUAUUGACAGUGACCAAAGAUCAUGACAACAUCAGUGAGGACAUGCUUGUCACUAAACAAGCAUUGAAUGACUUUUCACUUUAUGUUGAUCAUGCCCCACUAACCAUCAACCAAAAUGCUUCCAUGACACUGUUAAUGGAUAUGUUUACUAAACUUGGUGCUAGAUAUGUAUGUGUUACGUACUCAAAUGGAAAGUACCUUGGUAUUAUACACAAGAGAAGAUUAUUGGCUUAUCUGAAAGAGGUUAAUGAGGACGAAUAA